AUGGCUUUAACGGACGUCUCUGAUGUGGAUGGCUGGGUGUCGAUACUCAUGAAUUGCAAACAACUACCUGAAAUGGAUGUGAAAAAGUUGUGUGAAAAGGCCCGAGAAAUCCUAAUGGAGGAAUCAAACGUCCAGCCCGUCAGAUGUCCUGUAACAGUUUGUGGCGAUAUUCAUGGCCAGUUUCACGACCUCAUGGAAUUGUUUCGUAUCGGAGGUAACUCGCCCGACACAAACUACCUCUUUAUGGGUGAUUACGUGGAUCGAGGUUACUAUUCCGUAGAAACAGUCACACUCCUUGUCGCCCUCAAAGUCCGGUACAAGGACAGAGUCACUAUAUUGAGAGGAAACCACGAAUCUCGUCAAAUCACUCAGGUCUAUGGGUUUUAUGAUGAAUGCUUGCGUAAAUAUGGAAAUGCUAAUGUUUGGAAGUACUUUACCGAUCUCUUUGAUUAUUUGCCAUUGACGGCUCUGAUUGAAGACCAAAUCUUCUGUCUACAUGGUGGCCUGUCUCCCUCUAUCGAUACCCUUGACCAUAUUCGAUCUCUUGACCGUAUUCAGGAAGUACCACAUGAAGGUCCUAUGUGUGAUUUGUUAUGGUCUGAUCCGGAUGAUCGAUGUGGUUGGGGAAUCUCGCCUCGUGGUGCUGGUUAUACUUUUGGUCAAGAUAUUUCAGAAGCAUUCAACCAUAACAAUGGUCUGACCUUGAUUGCUCGUGCACAUCAAUUGGUCAUGGAAGGAUACAACUGGAGUCAAGAUCGAAAUGUCGUGACCAUCUUCAGUGCUCCCAACUAUUGUUAUCGUUGUGGCAAUCAAGCCGCUAUUAUGGAGAUUGAUGAGCAUUUGAAAUACACGUUCUUACAAUUCGACCCUGCACCACGUCGCGGAGAACCUCAUGUUACUCGCCGGACACCUGACUAUUUCCUAUAA